ACUACCGCUGGAUAAUAAUAAUGUAUGGUGACGAGGUUAGGGUCCAGCGGUGCCUUUUAAUAACACAUCACCGCCAUGUUUUACCUCAAAACUUACUAGGUGUUUGAUUGGGAAGGAAACAGGUUGCGCCUGCGCUCUGAGCCAUACGUGUUUUUUUUUUUUCCAGCUUGAGAUAUGCUGGCUUUUUUUGAAAAUCAGCAGCAGCUGCUUCAAAGGGCAGAGAGACGGAGACGGAGGAAUGUGGCUGUGAUUCAUCCGGACCAGAUGAACCCGGACCGGGCCGUCCCGUCUGGAAUCAGACGCUAUGCUGUUAUUUCCUCGUGCGUUUCUUGUUUGAUGUAGAACGCGCUCUGCUGGCCGCCUUCAGACGUACUGAGAUGGUCUAUUUCAGCGAUGGCUAAGGGUCUUUUUCCACGAGCCUGGGUGAAAAAGUCUUUCUAUUUCCAGGCUCGGAUCUCCUUCGUGCGGGUGAAGUACCUGUUCCUCACCUGGCUCACCGUCCUGGUUGGCAGCUGGGUUCUCUAUGUCCAGUACUCGGCUUACACAGAGCUGUGCAGAGGACAUGAGUGCAAGAACGCCAUUUGUGAUAAAUACAGGAGGGGAAUCAUCGAUGGCUCUGCCUGCAGCAGUCUGUGUGAAAAAGAAACGCUCUACAUGGGCAGGUGUCUGUCUACGCUACCAAACAACCAGGUGUACACAGGAAGCUGGGGGGACCACGGUGGGAUCAUCCGCUGCAAACUGGGGGAGGUGGGUCACUACGAGCUGGGCGAGGAGCCGGAGCCACGAAGAGAAACCCCAGUGUUCGAUAAGCCUAACAGAGGCACCUCUGUUGAGAAGUUCAAAGAGAUGCUCUUCAACCAUCUCAAGUCCAAGCUUGGAGAGCAUGCAGACCUUCGCAGUCUUGUCAGCCAGAUCCUCUCCGUCGCCGAUGGCAACAGAGAUGGACGAGUGUCACUCCCAGAGGCUCGUUCAACAUGGGCGCUUCUGCAGAUGGAUGAGGUUCUGCUGGGCCUGCUGCUCCAGGACCGUGGGCAUACACCCCGCCUUCUUGGCUACUGCGGAGAUCUCUACAUGACAGAGCGGAUCCCCAACGGGCCCCUCUACGGGUUCUCAUUGCCCUGGCCUCUUGUUUCCUGGGUGCCAGCAGGUUUGCAGCGCACCAUGGACCAGUGGUUCACCCCUUCCUGGCCUCGCAAAGCUAAAAUCUCCAUGGGCCUGCUGGAGCUCGUGGAGGACAUUUUUCACGGUACCUACGGGAGCUUUCUGAUCUGCGACCUCGCUGCCAUGCACUUUGGUUACACCGACCGCCAUGAGCUCCGGCUCACCAACACGCAAGUGUUGGUCCCUGAAGAGGAGUUCAGGCACACCAUGAGAGUCCUGAAGUGUGAGACGGACGCCGACUGCGUGUAUGGAGCGGACUGCCAGACCUCAUGCGACCCAUCUGAGAAGCGGUGCAGGGAGGAGCCGGUUCAGCCCAACCUCGCAAAAGCCUGCGGCGUGUUGAAGGACUACAUCCUGCGUGGGGUGCCUUCAGAAAUGAGAGAGGAGCUGGAGAGGCAGCUGUAUGCCUGCAUGGCUCUCAGAGGUAACGCCGGUCAGAUGAACAUGGAACACUCGCUCAUCCUCAACAACCUGAAAGCUCUGCUUUGGAAACGGAUCUCGCACACCAAGGACUCAUGAUGUUGGGGAUUGUCGUUUUGAAACCACGAUCAUCAGGUCUCCAAGUGGAGCAGAGUGAAAGCAAUGCUGUGAUACAUGAGUAGAAUAUAUAAUGAAAUCAUAUCUAUCACCCUCCAACACUUGUGAAUAGAGAUGCACUGAUGAGAACUUUGGGGCCAAUUUCCGAUAUCCGUUUUUUUUUUUUUUUAUAAAGCAUUACCAAUUUUCACACUGCGAUUUCUCUUUUAAAACUAGUGUGAGACGAUAUUAAGACACAAUUCCAAAUAUUUUUUUCAAGCCUGUUUGCUGUGAGCGGCCAUAUUUAAAUGGAGCAGAGACAGCAGCAAGCAGGUGUGUAGGAGCAGUAGCUGUAAAGCAAAGUUUUAUUACUGUUUUAUAACCAAGGAAAAAAUGAUUGGACAUUUUCCGCUGGAUUUAGCAUUUUACUAGUAAUUAGCAUAGCUAGCAUUAAAAAACAGUAUUAUUGGUGUGUAAUCCCUUUAGAGUCCUUUGAUAUUUUCAAAUUCAGGAUGUUCCCUUAAAGAUAGAGGUUUAAAUGUCAAACAAUUAAAACAAAGCACCUUUACCAUAAUGUGUUCAGCCUUAUUAAUUAGGUUUUGCCCACCUCCUUUCAGGAGUAGCGAACAAACAAAGGUGCUCUAAUUAAUUUUCAUUUUGUAAUGCAGAGUGCUAUUUAAGUGUGGCACAUUAAUUUAACUGUUUGGAACUAUUUGAAAUCCCAAUUUUACCAUAAAUAAGUUAGCAAGUUUAAUAUCUUUUGUUUUUAAACUUUGAAACAGGUGAUUCUACAAAAUAAAAUCAAACGAUGCUGUUGGGGGAGCCCUUGGUGGGGCUAGGGCCCUAAGCAGCUGCUUAACUUGCAUUUGACUGGGGCUGGCUAACUUAGGAUUUUAUUUUUAGUUUCUCACCAGUCAGGUCUGGUUAACCAAGAAAAAAAACCCCAAUUUGCUGUGCAUCUCUACUUACAAAUGAUAAAUCCAGUUGACCUACCUCCUCUCUUACUAUUCUAAAAGUUUGGGGCCUAAAACCUGAACUCAGUGAUUGUGUGUUCUCAUCAGGCAAAUCUGAAACAAGUCAUAGAAUCUUAUGGUUAUGUUUUGUGUUGUUCACCCUGAGGUGAAUGGAAUGUUAUCUUUGAGAUAAUGACUUGACUAAUUCACUCGUUCUGCCAAAACCAUCCUAGAGCGGAUCUACAUCAUCUUUACUUUGACAUGAAGAAGUAUUAGAAAAUCAGAGUGCACUGUAAAUAGGAUGAGACAAAUAUGUGAUCAAAUCCACAGGGGACCACUGUUGGCACUUGCACUCCUUUAUUUUUUGAACUACACUUGGAAAACUAAACAAAACGAAAUAUAAACAAAACAUGCACAUUGAAAAUGAAACUUAGGACUGUUUUAUAUCACACUAAAUGAUGGUCAGUUUUUGAGGUUAGAAAACAAGAUUCUUUCCUACAUGCUUAGAACACAUCAUGAUAGAAAGAUGAACUGCAAAGAGGCGGCGUAACACUGAUGUAAACUAUGGUACAGCUGCUUAGAUGAACCUUCUAUCAACAAGAGAUCUUACUGUUCCUUUAAAGAAGCUUUGCUUUCAGUUUCUUAUUAUCACAACAUGAGAUGUAACGUCAUUGUCGAAGCUGUAAUCUGAAAGUUGAGAGCUGGUCAUACCUUUACAUUAUUGUGCUGGAUUUCCUUAUUUUCAACAGGUUCUUUCUGGGCCCAGUGAUUGUACAACAAGCCCAGUUUGGGUGUGUGUUUGGGGUGGUUGUGUCUUACAGGUUCAGGCCAUUUGAUGUGGUCAAAGAAUAUGCUGUCUGAAAUAGCUUGACAAUUUCCUUUAAUCAAGGGUGACAGUUUGGGUCAGAGGAAAGAGACUUUGAUACCGUCGGGGGUUCAAACUGGAAAACAGUUCAAAGACAUUUCAUAAAUGGUUUGGUUAUACAUAAAGCCAGCUAACAAUGGGGUUGAGGAAUGGAGCUGACAAAAAUCACGCCACCAAUGGCCCCGUUUACUCAACUGUAAUCAGCUGUUGAUAAGCUUAGGCUCCAUGUAAGAACAAAAAGGGAACUACAAGCUUCCUGUUUCCAAAUAAACCAAGCAUAUCCAACCCUGGAAA